AUGACGGAAACUCGGACAUAUGUCCAUUUCACGGCACAUUAUGCCAAUUGUACUUCUGCAAAUAAACGAGAGUUCACCAAAGAGGAUAUGGCCAAGAGUUUACUGCACAUGAUCAGCAAUGACAUUGGCCAGCUGGCCUGCUUGUAUGCCAAGCUUCACAACCUCAGCCGAGUAUACUUUGGUGGUUUCUUUAUCCGCGGCCACCCUGUUACCAUGCACACCAUUACCUACAGUAUCAACUACUUUACAAAGGGUGAAGUUCAGGCACUCUUUUUAAGACAUGAAGGAUACCUUGGUGCCAUUGGGGCUUUUCUAAAGGGAGCAGAAGAGGACAAUCCGAACCAGUAUAGCUGGGGAGAGAACUAUGCUGGCAGUUCAGGCUUAAUGAACAGUUCUCCUGAUGUGCAUCCAUUACAGCGAACACGAAGUGGAACGUUUUCAUUUGACAUGUUGGAGAUGGACAGACUGGAACGGCAGCUAGUGAACCUUCCACUCCUCCUUGACGCCUCUUCAUAUGUCCCAGAUACAGUUGAUCUCACAGAAGAUGCAAUGGCAAGGGAGUAUUGGCUGAGCUGCUUCGAGGAUGCUUUAGAUGGUGUAGUAAAGCGAGCAGUUGCUAGCCAACCACAAUCACUGGAUGCUGCAGAGCGAGCAGAGAAAUUCCGGCAGAAAUACAGGCACAAACUUCAGACGUUGAGGCACCAACCAUUUGCAUACGGAUCCCUAACAGUCAGAAGCUUGUUGGACACACGGGAGCAUUGUCUGAAUGAAUUCAACUUUCCAGAUCCUUACUCAAAAGUGAAACAGAGGGAGAAUGACAUAGCAUUGAAACAUUUUCAGAAGGUUGUGCAGGCUUUGGAGUCACUUAGCAUGGAGGAGCGGCAGUUUGCACUAGUGAAAGGUCUCUUGGCAGGAAAUGUCUUUGACUGGGGAGCCAAAGCUGUUUCAGAUGUCCUUGAAACAAAUUCAGCAUUUGGCUUUGAAGAAGCAAAAAAGCGCUUACAAGCACGCCCUUGGUUGGUGGAUGCAUACAAUGACUGGUUAGAGCGUCUUAAGGGUCCUCCUCACAAAUGUGCCUUAUUUUUCGUAGAUAAUAGUGGAAUAGACAUAAUUCUUGGAGUCUUCCCAUUUGUCAGGGAGCUGCUCUCAAAAGGCACAGAGGUCAUUUUAGCCAGUAACUCAGGACCAGCAUUAAAUGAUGUUACCUGCAGUGAGUUGGCAAUAGUUACAGAGAGGAUUGCAGCGAUGGAUUCAGUCAUCAGGAAAGCUUUAGAGGAAGAUAAAUUGUUAUUGGUUCAGAGUGGCUCAAGUUCGCCUUGUCUAGAUCUGAGUCGACUGGACAAAGGGUUGGCAACAGUCGUCUGGGAGAGGAAGACUGACCUGGUGAUAAUUGAAGGCAUGGGUCGAGCUAUUCAUACAAACUAUUACGCUGCGUUACGUUGUGAAAGCCUCAAACUUGCCGUCAUCAAGAAUGCCUGGUUGGCAGAACGACUUGGUGGGAGAAUUUUCAGCGUCGUUUUUAAAUAUGAGAUGCCACCAAAGUGAUUGGGAGGACUUGAUGAAGAAGGACUUCACAUUGCACUGGCACUGAGAUGUCUCCUGUGGAAUGUAAUUGUAUUUUUUUUUCCGUGACUAUAUAAUUGAAUUUGCAAAAAAUGUCAAUAUGGAUCAGCAAAGCUUUUGUGUCAGAAGCAAUAAUAUAUAUUAUAUAUGUACAGCAACCAUAUCCUUGUUUUAAACAAACAAUUAUUGUAUAGACACAGUAUUUGUGGAAACGAACAAUUAUUUUGCUUUUGGUCACUCAAGACAAUCAGGUGAAAUGUUAUCUCUUUGGCUAUCUGUUCCCUUUGAAGAAAUCUACUUAAAGGUAGUGUGUCUGCAGAUGCUGGUGUUUCCUUUUAGGUGCCAAUAAAGUGUAAUGGUGCAUGAGUGAUAUUUUAACACUGCACCUCCUUGGUGGUAGUACAAUUGCAAAUGUGCUUCAAACCUUGAAUCAUGUUUGAAAAGAGCAAUUGAAGCUGUAUUGGUAGGUAUAGUUUUUUGUCAGUAUCACACUCUGGAUACAGUUGUGAUGGAUGUUGUUCUGUCACUAGCACAGUAUUGGAGUGCAAAUCUAUCACUGCACCACUCUGGGUGCAGUACUGGUGAGUACGGGUCUGUUAUUCUAUAACCAGUGAACUACUGUUGAAACGUCAUCACUGUGGUAAACUAGGAAAACAUAUCAACCAAUUUACACACAAGUUCCAAUAAAUUACAAUGCGAUAAUGACCAGCUGGCAUGUUUUUUCAGUGUUGAGAGAUCAAUGUUGAUCAGACCACAGAACACACUCCUCUGCUUCUUGGAGGUAACACCAUGAAAUCUUUCACUUCCAUCUAAGAUAGCAAAUAGUCUUCAAUUUAAAGUCUCAUCCAAAAGGAAGCAUCUUAGACAGUGCAGACCUCUUACAGUACUACAUUGGGAGUAUCAACUAGGAUAUUGUGUAUAUGUCUUUGGUGUUUGUCUUGAACCCAAACCUGCUGGCUUGGAGUACCAGAUCAAGACAGGUACAAUCUAUUUGUGAUUUGAAACAGCCGACUUAAAUCUCUGAAGACAGGGACUCAAAGCUUUAAAACGAAGACUUGUUUUGAACUGAAAUGUUAGUUGAGCCCAGCACCUGAUUUUUGCAGAAGUGACCAUUGACCUGGAGGUUUCACUUUUGUUUGAAGUUUUCUUGAUUUAAGAUGCUAGCAAUGUACUGUCCUGAAAGGCUUGUCAGGUUUCAAGUAUUACAUUUAUAUGUUGUCCACUUUUACAUUUCAAAGUAAGCAGUACCCUGCAAGAAUUUUGCAAAUUUUUGGAAACCUUGUGGCAAUUGGAAAUGAUGCAGAGUAAAUUCAGUCAAAUGUACCCAGGUCUUUUGGGUGAUGGGGUAGAGGAGCUAAUACCAAGAGCUAACAGGGAGGAAUUGGAGCUGUGAAGGAUCAAAAGAGUUCUGGUUGAUGCCAUUGUUGAGUGGUUAUGGUCUUGUAAAUAGUCAUGCUUUAUUUCCAUUGGCAGGUGAUAUGAUUUGAAGAGAUCAAGUUUAAAAUGAUCUAGGUUACAGGAGCAUGCUGAUUCUUGGUGUCUCAGCUUACGUACAAAUCAUGACUAUACAGAAAUAAUGCCUGGAGGCUGGUCUGUUCUUGAUUCCCCAUGCCUCUGAGUUUGUUUGGUCAAGAACGAUGGAGAGCAUAAAUAAAAAUUGAAGGGUGUAUCAUGCUAUUUUUCUGAACUGCUGUGACCAAAAUGAGUUCUGUCUCCACCACCCAGUUGAACACUUAAGAUCCUUUUUUGUCAAUCAGUUAUAUUAGUCACAUGAACUUACUUUUGCCCUUUUAGGAAUUGGCCUUCAUUAAGAGCCUCAUUUGGUGUAUCCUUUUCUGAGGAAUGUUCAGUCUGCUUUAUUUCUGCCUCCAUGGUUUUAAAAUCUGCUAAUUUAACUGGAAGUAGAAAUUUUGAGCAGUAUUUGUUCCCAAAAUGUAUUCUAAUUGAAAUUGUUUAUGGCUAGUUGGAUAUCUCAUUUGGCAGAAUGAUUUUAUCUUUGUGAUUGAAGUAUAAUGGGAUCUUCUUUGCCAACUCUUCAGAAUAUCAAUCUAGUUAGUUCUAUAUUACUGGAUUUUCCCUGCAGCCCAGAAUGUUUUUCAAAUAUUUUUCCAAUUCCAUUUUGAAAGUUACUAAUGAAUCUGCUCUGCCAUCCUUUCAGCAUUGCACAAGCAGUGUCAGCUAGACAGAGCUUGGGAGCACAGGGUGAAAGGAAGUGAAACCACUUCAUAUGUUCUAUUGCAAAUGUGGGAACUUAUGUGAUAACAGUGGUGUGUUAGUAAUCAUGUAAGCUUGAAGCACCUCCCAGCGCUAUUGCUUUAAUAUCCAAGACAUGAUUGUGGAAUAGCUGAAAAAUGUGUUGCUGGAAAAGCGCAGCAGGUCAGGCAGCAUCCAAGGAGCAGGGGAAUCGACGUUUCGGGCAUAAGCCCUUCUUCAGGAAUCAUGAUUAUGGAAUAGGUUUGCAAUAUUAAUUCUCUCACUAUUACUAUUUUUAAAAUCUUUCCAGAGAACUCAAAAUGGCUGCCUUGCAGAGCCCAUAUACCUGUAGCAUCUCAGCAAUUGACUGCACCUCAUGAAUAUGCCCAGACAAUUCCUUUCACCACAGUGUUUGGCCUUGGAAAAUACUGCAGAGUGCUUGAUCCUGUUCUUGUUUUACAUUUAUGCACCCCAAUAUUUUUCUAAUGGGGUUGCCAUGUGGCAGUCAUAAGUAGGAAUCAUAGCUGGCUUUCUUGGACUUGUGUCCCUGGGGGAGCUGUGACCAACUGUUUGACUUGUAUUGCUGCCCUAACUGAGAUCAAUUCAUUAAACAGAUCAAACUCUGGCUUUUCCUGAUUUCUGUAGCUGUGUCAUAAUCAGCUGGCACAAUCAGACCACAAGGAGUUUUGAUUUUAAGUGAAAAAAUUAAUUUAAUGGGGUUUUAAUCAUGCUUUUUAAAUUCAGAACCAGCAUUUUGACUCACUAAGAUAAUCACAUGAUAUUCUUGUUGUCUGCAGUUAGUGACAACACCACCACUGGUCAAAAUGAGAGGUUAAUAAAAUACCCCUGUCGGUCCUACCUGGAGGCUGCACUGUCUAGGGGUUGAUUUUAUGCACAUUAUUAAUUAUUUAAUUAUCCUCCACUUAGCCAGCAAAACAGUCCUGCUGUCCUUGGGACACUUAUUUCCUGUAGUUUCAAACAUGAGUUUAGAAACUUGUGAAAUCCAAUUGCAAAUCCUGAUCCACACCAAUUCAUUGGUUGACACACUGGUAUCAAUAUUCAUUGUUUCUAACAAUCCCUGCAAUUCUUUUUGUUUUGCAUGAUCUGUUUGCUCUAAUGUAUGAUGAAUGUUUUCGCAAGGCCACUGUUAUAGUUUACACUGAUGUUUACUGUGAGGUUGGUGCAUGCAUGCAGCUCAGAGAAACACUAGCCCCAAUUUGAUUGCUUUGUAUCGUCUUUGUUGUGCCAGGCAGCUGUCUUCAGGAUGUGGUGUGAGUUUGAGUAAGUCUUUAACAAGCUAGUAAAAGAUGCGUUGGCAACACUCCUUCAAAUUAAACAGUGACAGUAGGAUAGAUCAAGCUGGUACUAGGUAACAUUAGCAUGAACAUCAAGAAGUUCUUCACACUAAAAAUGGUUAGUGGGUACGGUAAGGUGUACAUAAAUCAUUUAAGCAGCUGCCAGGUUCCAAGAGUUGGGGCAGGGGAACCUUUCUGGCUGGAUGAAUAAAGAUGGGCUUAAAGAUCUUUCUCGUUGUUUUGAAAGGCUAUUUAGAGAAAAGAAAAGCGUUAUAGUUAUACAAGGAUCUGCCAAAGUGCUUUAAAAGAAAUCAACUAAACAACUGCCAAUUUUCUUUCAGUACAGUCCCAUAAACAGCAACUGGUUGAGUGACUGGUAGAGUUGGAGAAAGGAAUGUUGAGUAGGAAUUAGGAGAACUUCCUUCUGAGUAGUGCCGGGGGAUAUAUAACUAAUACUUGAGCAGGCAGUUAGGAUCUUAGAUUAAUAUCUGAUGCUGAACUACCCUCCAGUAGUGCAGCAUUUGACUGUCAAAGUCCAUAAAGGGUUUCAAACUAAUAACCUGAGUCAAGGAUGAGAGCUACCCAUUGAGCAAAAGCAGGCACUUACGAUGAAAAAUUGAAAUGCAUUUUUAUUUAAACUCCCCUUUUUCUAAUCAACCUCUAGAGCAAAUGGGUCUUGAAUUUAGGCUUCGCAGUCUAGGGGUAACAACACUAUCAGUGCGCCAGAAGAAGAUGUUAAAUAAUUUGAUUGUAAUCAUUCAUGAAUUUAAUUUAUAUUUGAUUAGUGAGUUAAAAGUCCCAGCCUAGCCAUGUAGAUAUAAAUUUCACUUUAUGCGUAAAUGGCUCGAAUCUGUUUUAUACACAGUUUAACUUUGACACGUCAUUAAAAAUUUAAUCAGUGUUAUGUGGCUCGGAACAAGUUUUACUGAGCAGUUCAUCUUGAGUAAGAAAAUGCAGUCAUUUCACUACCUUUGCUCCACCCUCUUCCCAUUUUGAAAAUCAUCUUUUAUGUUGGAGUGUAGAUUUACAGAAAAAAAAGAAAAAUUUGAAAGGGAAUAACUUCUUGUGGUGGCGUGGAGAGAGGUGGCACUUGUAAAUUUACAGUGUUAAUUGAAAGUUUGAUGGCCUCUCCAAAUUUCAGCUGAGCAACUAGAACAGAGAUUGCUGAAAAAAUUCAGCAAGUCUCACAGCAUCUGUGGAGAGAAAUCCAAGUUAAAGUUUCGGGUCACUCAACCUGAAAUGUUAACUCUGAUUUUUGUCCACGGAUGUUUCUAGAUCUGAUGAAUUUUUCCAGCAAUUUCUGUUUUUGUUUCUGAUUUCCAGCAUCUGCAGUCUUUUGGUUUUUAUUCAGUGCUGAGCAACCUGCAGCCAUUCACAGCUGCUGAUUGAGUCAUGCUCCUUGGGUGCGUGACAGUGCAUCUCAAGUCCUAUUGUGCUGGCAGUUAAAAAUGAUUAAAACCACCAAGAAGGUGUGCAAGUUGAUGGGAUAACGUGAUCUGGCAGUGAAAUACGCAGCAAUAUUGCUCCACAAUGCUUUCCAGAUCCUCUGUUUAUAAGUUGCAUCAUGUAUUGUAAUUAAGUCAUUUUGUUGAUGAGCUGAUGAAUUAAUUUGCAAGGAAUGAGUAAAUAACGUGCAAAUGCUGUGCAUUUAAAUUUUCAGAGGGAAGAAUUUGGAUAUCUUGCAGCAGUAAUGUAGACAGGGUGACAGGUAACAUACAGCAAUAUGCAGUUAACCUCUAAAGUCAAUGACUGAAUCUCAUACUCAGGUCACAUUUCCAAUCUCAGGCUAGUGCUAUCAAAUAGGUUAGAUUCUGGUUUGGAAUGAUGAAUGCCAAUUUAAAAUAGAGGAUUUUGUACAGUUUGACUGUAAUACAAGGCAAAAAUAAAAAUGGUCAAAGCUAUCUUGGAUUGACCUGGGUCACACUGCUCAAACAGCAUGACAUGAUGUGGGAGACCACUUGAACUAAGGAAUGGAUUUAAAAAGGGAAAAUCUUUGCUGUAUUUUAUGUGCUCAAUUACAUAAAACCAUGUCAAUAGAUUAAAUAUAGAUUAUUUUGGAAGGA